GGAGAGCCCUGCUUGUGCUCAUGGGACGCAUAGAUCACAUCCGGGGCUGGUUUAUUCUAAUAACGAAACGUCCAACCCGGAAAAAAGGACAAGUCUUCUGAAAUCGGAUCACACAAACAAAUUGAAGAGGGUGUCGGAGUUUCACGCACGCCGGUCUUGCGAAUAUCCACGGCUUAUUUUAGGUUUUAAAAACUUUAUUUAGCAUGCUUCUGUUCACCAAACUCGCGUCUCUCUCCGCUGCUUCGUAGCCCUGCGGGGCGCUGGCUUUGGCGCACGCCGACUCUCCAUAGCGGUGAUAUGUGAUAUCGACAGCAUGCCGUACGUGGACCGGUUGAACCGUGUGUGCGGCUUCCUGGACAUCGAAGAGAAGGAGAACAGCUGCCGCUUCCAGAGACGAUACUUCAUCCUUGACACGCAGGGAAAUGCACUGCUGUGGUAUAUGGACAACCCUCAGAACCUGCCCAGUGGAGCCAGCUCUGUUGGCAGCCUGAAAUUAACCUACAUCUCUAAGGUGAGUGAAGCUACAACGAAGCAAAAGCCCAAGACAGAGUUCUGCUUUGUCAUCAAUGCACUUUCGCGACGGUACUUCCUGCAAGCCAAUGAUGUGACCGACAUGAGAGACUGGGUGGCUGCUCUCAACAAGGCCAGCAAGAUAACAGUGCCUAAGUCUUGCCCUGCACCUGUGAGGCCUGAUGUGACCACAGUGAUCAGUGACGCUCAAGGAGGGAAGAGACAACAGGCCUACAAGGCUGAGAUUAUUGGCGGCGUGGUGGUGCACACUCCUAUUCAGAACGACAAUGAAGAGACGGAAGGGAGAGAGAGGAAGGGCAACAGGCCGGGUUUGCUGAGAUGUGGUUACUGUGUUAAACAGGGAAAUGUGAGGAAGAGCUGGAAGAGGCGGUUUUUCACCCUGGAUGACAACGCAGUCAAUUACUACAAGACUGAGUCGGAGAAAGAUUUUAUCCGAUCUAUUCCACUGAGGGACAUUCAGAAGGUGCAUGAAUGCCUCGUCAAGUCGGGGGAGCUCCUGCUUAGAGACAACCUCUUUGAGAUCAUCACCAGUAACCGAACGUUCUACAUUCAGACUGACUCGCCAGAGGAAAUGCAUGGUUGGAUCAGGGACAUUCAGAUGAAGAUCCAGGAUUUCAGGGGUCCCUCUAAGGGUUUUUCUUUUAAACGUGCUUCUUCGUGCUAUCGGAGUUACAAUCCUUCCUCUACAUCUCGUGGUUCGCAGAGUGAAGCAGAUAGGAGACCUCAGCUGGUGAAGUCCUGCUCUGUGGCGCCAGGAUGGCAGCCCUGGACACCCGUUCCAUCGUGUGAACCGUCUAUCAUGGAUAACGAGGAUGAGGACAGCGCCUUCAGCUCUGUGCCACUCUCCUCUUCGUCCACCUCCUCAUCUGCUUCCUCCUCCUCAAACUCCCUCUCUACCCAAAAUCCUUGCCCCGUCACACAUCCGGCACCUUCGGCCAGUGGACUGGGGAUGCUCACAGCAUCCGCAGAUGCGGCGAGUGGGCGUCGAAGGCACCGCUCGCAGCCUCAGCCUCAAACCGGCUGCAGCUUUCCCUUCAGCCUGGAUGACGACAGCAUCCGCACCACAGAUGUGUAAUCCAGAGAUGUUUGCGGAGACUCCUGCGUGGGCUGUGCUGACACCUGUUUUUAAAUGAAUGUGACUCCUAUUGAAGGGCCACUGUGACCAUCUGCCUCAAUGCCAGGCCAUGAGCUUGGUGCCCCCUACUGGUGAAGUAGCACUUAUACAGAUGAAGAAUGCACCCGGCUGCAGGAAAGCUAAGAGGCAUAGUGUUUGUUGUACACAGGACUGUGAACAUAUAAGACGGAGUGUUUUCUUUUUCCUUUUUUUGUAAGUGUAACUUCCUCUGAAAACUUGAAUGAUUUUGUUGAUUAUUGCCGACAGUAAAAUGAUGGCACACGCUUUUCACUCUGUUUCUUUGCUCCUAUCAGCAGGACCCACUUAUCACCCCAGUUACAAGUGUUCACAUUCACAAUAUAUUUUUAUGUCCAAGCUUGUUUUUGUGUUUAAAUGUAUCAGACGGUUGUGUUUUUGUUGUUUUUUUUUUUUGUUUUUUUCCCGGGCCAACAGUGUUUUCCUUUGCUCUUGAGGGGCAUCAUGUGUGGAAAAACUUCACAUAAUAAUUAACAAGCAUUUUAUACCUGUUGUCUUUCAUGUGUUUUGCCAUGAAAACCCUCAGAGGCAAGUAAAGGGGGAAAAAAAAUCUGGUGAUCCAUUUCUAAACCUGCUCUGUUGUUUCUUCUCUUGUUUGUAUGAAUUAAGAAUGGCUAACAUUUUUUUACAUUUCAUUCACUUUUUGCUAAAUGUCAUCAAUUUGCUCUCUUUCUGAAAGGCUUUGCUCUUGCAAUAGUCAUUUUAGCCACAUUAAGCCAACACUCCAUUUUUAAAGCAGACAAAGCCGGACAUGUUUCCCUUUAGUUGGAUUAUUGUGUCUUAAAGGGAGCACACAAGUUCACCCAUGGCUUGACACGCCUUCCACAACAGCAACUCUAAGGUACUAGGAAGAUUGUACAGUUGAUGCGAAGAAGAGUAACACUAAUGACUGUGUGCACGAUAACAUCUGUAUCAACACAAUUUACUUCAGCUUGUGUCCGCUGGCAUGUUUUUUCGCAGCAUGCUGGGAAAACCCAACCCACCUACGUACGUCAAAAGAAAAGCAGGAUGGGAACUUGAGAUAAGUUCUUAAGACAUAAUAUAUGUGCUUUGUUUUUAAGAGUGGGUGAAGAAAUUAACAUAAAUGCUUUUACCUUAGAACAUGGCACAGUGGGACCUGUCACCCUCUCGUGGCCAAUAUAAGUAUUACAGAAAUGGCAAAGGGCAGGAAAUUUUUUUUUUUUUUUUCCUUGUUUUCAGUGAAAAAACCCCCAUAGAAAAGCAUGUUUUUCUGACAAAAGGUUUUUCUUCCAGCUGUUUUCCAACAUGAGAAGAAAGUGAGUUGGAAAAAUGGUUCUGACACUGGCAGCCUUUGCCUCUUUUUUUUUUUUUUUUUUUUUUAAUGUGCCAGAGCAUUUUAGGGGGAAAAUUUAAUUUAGAAAAUUAACCUUGCCAAACCAGCCCUUGUUUUUCAUAAACCCGGGAUGGAGAACAAGUUAGAGUUUGCAAAUGGAUCUCCGCAAUUUUUUUGUUCUUGCUUGCCUCUCAGGGCUUUCGUAUCCACCACUAUUAAUAUUAAUACUUUGCUUAAAGAUCAAUUUUCAGUAAGCUGUGACUCUUCCGUUUGGUUUGAACACGGUACCAUACUAAUGCUGCAGUGUUUUCAUGGUACUAAUUUAGCUCAGUUGUUGGUAAAGCAGUUUUCUUUUUGCAGAAUUAUGUGGGAAGAUUUGCGACUGCCUUGGGUAAUGUUAUCUGCACUGUGUUUCUUAUUUUUACUUGUUUUUUUUUCUUGUUUUGUCACAGCUUUCACACCAUGUACUACAGUUUCCUCUUAGAUUAUGCCUUUUGUUUUUGUUUUUUUACACCCUUGUUAGGCUCACGUUGAGAUUUCAUUGAUGUGGUACCAGGUUUAUUCCUGUUUCCGUUUUCUGACGCUAUAUGCACUCAUCUGCCUGCAAUUAAGCUUAAUUUUCUUUCUUGUGAAUAAAACAAGGCUUUUUAUUUGUCUAGUUUAGGCUGUUUUUGAUUUUUAAGGUUUACGACUUUCCCACCUCCUGUCAUGUAAUGCCUUGUAUGCCCAUACAGAGUUUAAACCUAAACACAUUGUAACAUUAAGGUUAUCUUUUGAUCGAAGUGAUGCUGGUGAGUCUUAAAAACUUUUUAUGCGUUUUCUCUGUAAAGGGCGAAAAUCCCCAACUUCCAAACAUUCAAAGGGUCAGUGCCAGCACACUUGCCCUUUAACACUGUCACCUUAAAACACAUGCAUGACAUAUAGACACAAACACGAGCGUGCAUGCACACGCCAAUUGAGUGGCCAGAGGCUGAGUUAAGUGAAGUGUUUCACACAUCCAGUGCAAAGUCCAUUAGAUAAAUUGCCCUAAAACUCUGUCCUGACCUCUGUCCACUUCCCUCUGUGCCUCCUAGGGCAGCUGUGCGACUGGUGAGGGUGAAAUGUCUCCAACUGAACAGCUUAAAUUGUGUCAGUAUAGGUAAAAAGGCCCUCAGUGCUCGUGAAAUGUCAGCUGUGUUGAAAUGAGUUUUCAGUCUGUUAAAGACAAAGCUCCUGGAGGUAAUGAGAGAAAUCCAAGCAGAAACACAGGAAAAGUGGAGAUGAAGCCAGUGACUAAUUUUUUACGAGGUUUAGGAAA